GUUAACUCCAGAUUGGCACACUGACCAAGCUAAAAUAAGCGACAUGAAAGGAGUUUUAAGUUAGUUAACAAGUAAUAACACAACCAUAUUCGUUGUAAAACUCGAGGAAUUAGCUCGUGACAACUACAAGGUGAAGAUGGAGCCCCAGGAACCUGUAAAGAACGAUGAAAGCAGUGGAUUCUCGAAGCGGCGUAUUUCUUCGAUUUUAAAAGCACCACGGAAGUCAGCCAGAUUCCCUGACCCGGAGCAACAGGAAAAUGUGGUGGAAUGUGCCAAACCUGUGGAAAAAAGAAAUUCAAGAAGAGUCAGUUUUGCCCCUGCGAACGAUGUUCUUCUAUUCUCAAAGGACGUGAAAAAUGCCUCUCCUGCCCGAAGUCCUUUACAAGAGUUAAUGACAGCAACAGCAGCAACCACACAAAACAGGGUCCAAGUGGCAGGUACUGAAGAUAGGAUUCAACAGAUCAUGGGAAUGGAAACCCUUUUGAAUGCUCCUCUACAUGGUUCUCAACAACAGGAUAAGGUCUACUUUGAUACUGGGGAGAACUUUGGGGAGAGGACUUUGAUGUUUUCUACAGAUGAUGCGUUCAUGGACAUGACCCACAGUCACACUAUAAAUAUUGUCAAUGAUGCAGAAAUGCUUGAAGAUAUUUCCCUCCAAAACUAUCACGUUUUACCCACCGGCGGAGAGAAAACAGUGAUGUUCACUGCAGAUGAUGGAUCCAUGGAUAUGACCCUAAGUCACACUGUAAACAUGACAAAUGGAUCAGCAUCACUGCCCAGUGGCAGAAACAUGGAUUUAAGCACAGAGAAGAGAAACAUAUCUUCAACAGUACCUAGUUUGGAUCCAGGAUUUGAAAACUUCCUCGCAAGUCUCUCUAAACCGAGUGGUUCCUCCUCUUUAGCCACUGUUGAGAAAACCAGCUGCCUUGCUCAUGUUAAAACACAACAGACUGAUGUGAACAAGGAGAAUCAGGUUCCAACUUCAGUUUCGGCUAAGAUGGAGAAGUCACUUAAUACAUCCAGGAAGACUGGGGAAUCAUCUUAUGGAAGUGUACUCCAUCCAGAGCCCAGUACGAAUAUGACCGAAGCUCAAACAGGCCGCACUGUGGGAUUCACUGAUGAAAAUGAUCCCUUUCAGUGUCUUUUUCCCACACAAGACAUGUAUGCCCACUCUGACAAAAGAGUAUCACAAACGGUGGAGACAAUGAAGACCAAAAAGCAGCAGAGCAGUAAAACCCUGGGACAUUCUGACCCCAAAGAUAUGGCACCCUUGAAGAAUACUUCUUUACAUGCUUCUCAUCCAAGGCACCAGGUCAACUUUGAUGCAAGAGACAACUGCAGAGAGAAAACAAUAAUGUUUACUGCAGAUGACGAGUGUAUGGAGAUGACUCAGAGUCACACUGUUAACAUUGCUCACGGUCCAUUAGCUUCUCAGCAAACGUCAGCAGAUCAGUUGGAUCCAGGAUUUAAGAACUUCCUUGCAAGUCUCUCUAAACCAAGUGGUCUCAGUGUUAAUCCUGUGACUGAAAGAAUGAUUCCCGCUACUGCAGCAUCCUCUAAAGAAACUGUCAACGUGAACAGCUCCCUGGCCCAGCUUAAAACACCAAGGGCUGAUGUAGGUAAAGAUAAGUGGCCGCUAAGAACAAGCCAGAGCUUUGGAGAAGAUACAGUCUGUCCUGAAAAUGACGUGAGCAUGGAUAUGACUGAAGCUCAAACAGGCCGCAUUGUAGGAAUCACUGGUUCAGAUGAUCCCUUUCAGUUUCUUUGUCCCACACAAGACAUGUACCCCCAGAGUGAGAGUCUGAAGAAAGCAGAGAUGACUUCAGGACAAAAGGACAGUGAAGCACUGGGAUCAUGCAACCGUACAGGUAUGGAAUCCUCACUGAAGACAUCUUUAAAGACAAAGGGGCAAAGACAUCAGUUUGACACUGAAGAUGACUACAGAGAGAAAACAGUGCGGUUCUCUGCAGAUGAUGCCUGUAUGGAUAUGACACAAAGUCACACUGUCAACAUUGCCACUGAUUUCAAACUGCAGUCGCGACAAAGUUUGGGCCUUUUACCUUCUUGCGGAGAGAAAACAGUGAGGUUCAAUGCAAAUGAUGCAGAUAUGGAUAUGACCCAGUGCCUCACUGUAAACGUAGCCAGUAACUUGGCAUCAGGUUCAGUUCUUCCUGUGAAGAAACAAGAGAAUCAGAAAUCUGGUCCACCGAGCGAUAGAUCCUCAUCAGCACACGGUUUGGAUCAAGAAUUUAACAACUUCUUUACAAGUCUCUCAAAACCAAGUGACCCCACCGUUGAUCCUCUGAUUGCAAGAAUGCCACUGACAGCUGCACCAUCCUCUAACAUUAGAGACUCGUCUAAUGAGGGUACAGUCUGUCCCGAAGAUGAUGUGAGCAUGGAUAUGACUGAGGCUCAAACAGGCCGGAUUUUAGGAGUCACAGAUACACGUGAUCCUCUUCAGUGUCUUUUGCCGACACAAGGUGGUAAUUUGAAGAACACAGAGAUGACUACACAACUGCAGAGCAGUGUACCUGCACCAUCUAAAUGUAAAGGUAUGGAAAACUCACUGAAGACUUCUUUAAAGACAAAGAUGCAGAGAAACCAGGUCAAGUUUGACGCUGAAGACGACUGCAGAGAGAAAACUGUAAGGUUCUCUGCAGAUGAUGCAGCCAUGGAAGUGACACGAAGUCACACGGUUAACAUUGCCACGCAUUUCGAACCACAGUCGCUCCCAAAUUUGGACUCUUUUCCUGCAUGUGGUGAGAAGACAGUGAGGUUCACUGCGAAUGAUGCCGCUAUGGACGUGACACGAAGUCACACGGUAAACAUUGCCACUCAUUUCGAACCACAGUCGCUCCCAAAUUUGGACUCUUUACCUGUAUGUGGUGAGAAGACAGUGCGGUUUGAUGCCAAUGAUGCAGGUAUGGAUAUGACCCACUGCCUCACUGUAAAUAUUGCCAGCAAUUCAGUAUCAGAUUCAGUUCUUCCGCACCAAGAAUCAAACAUUUUAUCCACCCACGGAAACAUGGAUUUACCUUUAACUGUGAAGAAGAGAGAGAGAAACAGAUCCGCGUCAGCUCACGGUCUGUAUCCAGGAUCUAAAAACUCCCUCUCUAAGGCGAGUGUCCCCUGGGCUAAUCCUGUGAUGACCAAAGCAGUUACCCCUGCUGCGCCAUGCCCUCUAGAAGGUGUCAGUACAGAUGGCUACCUUGACCAGCUUCAAACACAUAGGACUGAUGUGGGUACUGAAAGUGCAGCUCCAGGUUUUGAUCCAGCUACAGACUGUCCAGAAGACAGCGUGAACAUGGAUAUGACUGAAGCGCAAACAGGCCGCAUUUUGGGACAAACAUGCGCAGAUGAACUCCCUCAAUGUCUGUCUUCAACACAAGACUCAUACCCCUAUUCUGACCGUUUGAAGCAAACAGAGGCAACUACGCAGCAUAGGAAUGAAGAACUGGGAUCAUACAAACCUGAUGAUGUGGAAAGCAAAAUCAGCCCAGAUUCAUUUGGCUCAAAUAACAUAGAGACCAGUAAAGAACCUGAACUAAGAAAUGAAACUUCUUCAUCACAGAAAAUGGAAAGUUCACCCAGUGCUGUCGACCAGGAUGCUGAUACGUUACGGUCACGGAAGUCUAGACGAAAGAGUUUAGCAGAUCUUCAGUCAAAAGUCAGGCGUUUGAGCCACAUGAUAAAUAUAGCUCCAGAUACCGUCGCCAUGGAAAGCUGCACAACACCUUUGCCUCAGCUGGAGCACGACUUGGACAAAAACUCAAAGGACAAAACCAUAUCCCUGCCAGUGGAGCAGCCUGAGCUCGAAAUGGGUUUAGUAAACUCUCAAAAUGAUACACAAGCUCAGUGUCUUACACAAGGAGAAGAAACCUCAACGACUACUACUCCUUUCAACUUGAAGACCAAACAACUUAUGUCAAGACUCUCCAUGGGAGGCUUUAAGGCGAAACUACCCCAAAGAAGCAAACCCAAUGAGCCGAAGAAGGUCAGUUCUGUGGGAGAGCAUACAGGGACAAUAAACAUCAACGUUACUAAUAAUCUGGGCAAAUUUGACAAUGAUGUGAGUGAUAUUUACGAUGAAGAGCUUGGAAGCUAUGAAGAUAUGUCAGAAACGCUGGACACAAGGAGUCCCCAGAAGAUCACAGAAAAAGUGAGUCAUUCCCAGGAGUUCCAUAUCGAUGAGCCUUUAGAGGAAGGCGUAUUUGAAGAGGACCUCAUUAGUGCCGUCAAUGGGAAAAAGAGAUCUCUGCCAGAAGAUGAAAAUUAUAUGGAGGAUGAGAAGAGAAUGAAACCAUCCACUGAGGAGGCCACUGGUGAUGCUGAAAUGGAAUUACGGUCUUGUUUUGUGGAAUGUGAUGGUAACAUUACUACAGCUCCAAACAUGACUGCACACAUUACUGACUGCUCCAGUAGUAGUCACACAGCCAGCAUCAGAUGUGAAGCUACAUUUGAGUCAACAGCCUUUAAACAAAGCCUGUUUGAAUCUCAGCUUGAAGACUAUGCAAGUGAUGUACAAAAGAAAUUGGAAGAUGGCACCAUCACAGUGUUAGAGUUCUUUAAACUCUUCAACAUAGACUUUGUCAUCCAUAAUCCUCGGCAAAGUGUCCUUCCUGGCAGACUUGUGUCAGACACAGAUCGCACAGCAAUGGAUUUAUUGAAAGACAGACACAUCAGCCGACCUAAACAGAUGGUGUACGAGACAGACGUCCUGAACCUCACAGAAAAGGUGGAGGGGUUGAAGGUGCGAAUGCGAGACCUGGACAAACCUCUGAAGACUGUUAACAGACCUUUGUGGGAAGAGGUGAAAAAUUCUUCAGAGAAAGAGCUCAAAUCUUUUGGUAUAAAACUCAAAGAGAGAAAUAACUUCUUCAGAAAGAUGAGCAAAUCUCAGUCACAUGAAAUGAAAGAGGUCCUGUACUCGCAUCUUGUGCAGACUAAUCUGGAGGAGCAACAGAAGUUGAGAGGAAGGAUUGGGGAAGCAGAUGAAAUGAUAAAAAGUCUGGAUGACUGCAUCUGUGAAUUAGAAGCAGAACUUGCUGCAGUUGAAGAAAAAGGCUUCAAAGACAAGCCAGGUCUAAAAUCACGCCAAGAAGAAAUGAAGAAAGUCACUGAAGCUUUGGCUGAAAAUGAAAGACAAAUGUCUGAACUGGAGUUGCAGAAGACGCAGAAUUCAAACAAAAUCAACAGGCUCAAAAAUGAGACGAGGAACCUCGAGAGUCAUGUCUCCAUGCUGCAAAUGUUGAAUGAAUGGAAGUUUGGAGAGAAAAAGGACAACUGCACAAUCUACACUUUUCUCCACGAGACCAUGCAUCUGCAUGUGGUGUAUGAAAAAUCCAAAGGAACUGAUGCUGAUGAUCAGUGUGAGAGAAAAAUAUCUCACAUCACCUUCAAACUUCAACUUGAUGAUGAGAAGUCUCAGUGCCAUGCCCGCCUUGUUCACAAACUGCUCUCUCAGUACAUUGAGAGUGAAACAUCCUGGGUGGAGAAGUACCCAACGAGUAGACACGUGGCGAAGCUGCUCCAUGACAUUGGCCUGGUGGUGAGUCGCUGUCGUCUGCUGGGAGAGGAGCUGCGUCUGCUGAAAAUGUGGGGAGGUCUAAGGCUCGAUAUCCUGGACAUCAGCUGUGUGGACGCUCAAGUGCACAUUGUCUUCAGCAGUCUCAAGAAAUUUUCCAAGUUUGAGGUGGUCUUCUCCGUCAGUUUGAUCAACCAGCUCUGUGUCCUACAAGUAGAGAACUUUAAGAACACGAUCGGAAGCACAGAGAUCCAGCAAAUUGAAAAGAUUGUGGCAUCGUUCAGUCCAUCCAAGAACCUCUUGACAAAGAUUGUCAAAAAGAUUCAUGAUAAUCUGCUCUGUUGAAACCAGGAAUAUGUUCUGUAUCAAGUUUUGAUUCCAGUUGUUUGUCAAGAAAAUACAACAGGUACAGAAUAGAUAUUGAAAAUGAAAGAUAAUGUUCAGCAUCUGGAGCCACAUCCAGAUGAUGAACAUGGACUGACUUUACAGUACUUUGAUGUGCACGGAGAGGGAAUCUGAUAAUAUAUCAGAUAAACCCUGUAUUUGAGACAUGCUUCAAUUGAAGAUUGUACAUCUGCCACGUUACUGGAACUGUGCGCAGCACUGAACAUAUGUAAAUAUAUUUCAUAUAUUUUGCUCAUUGUAAAUCAGUUUCUUUAAUCUCUUUCAAAUUUUGAAGAUAAGUUUUGUAUUCUAGUCAUUAAAAAGCAAAAAAUGUUAAAAAAAAAAAAAAAAAAAACCUUUACUCAUGA